GUGCUCCCGCCAGGUGCUCCCACCAGGUGCUCCCACAGGAGCUGAGCACACUACCUCUGGUGUACGCCCACCAGGUGGCCACUCCCGAGCCCAACGCACUGCUGGCAGAGCUGCUACUCCAUAUCCCCUUCCUCUCCUCCACAUCCCCCCAUACCCGCAUGCCCCUCUACCCCACCUGCCGCCUCUCUCCCCCCUCUGCCCCCCUAUACCCCAGGUACGCCCAGCGGAGCUAUCAGGUGUUGAAUGUGGUGGGGUGUGGCGUCAUCUGGUACCAUAUGGUGAGGUGGGGAAUUGGGGGGGUGUGCAUGUGUGAGGGUAGUGCAAGCAGUAUUGCCGUGCUUGUGCCUCUCUCCCAGCGCAGCCUCGCCAAGAUGACUGCAUGCUCAGAGUUGCUAGAGGCUCACUUGGGGCGUUGGUGCUGUCAGGUAGCACAUGGUGAGGCGUUGAACCGCCCGCGCUGUCGAGUGAGUGGCGUGGCCAUUCUGGACGACAAUGGGGCGCACAGGCUGCUCGAGAGCGUGCUGGCGGAGGCACAGAGGGGGAGGGAGGGAAUUAUGGCGGGAGGGGCAGGUGGGGCAGGAGGCAGUUGGUACAGAGGGGCAAAUCGUCACCAUGCUCCCACCACCAUCUCACUCCCACCACCAUCUCACUCCCACCACCAUCUCACUCCCACCACCAUCUCACUCCCACCACCAUCUCACUCCCACCACCAUCUCACUCCCACCACCAUCUCACUCCCACCACCAUCUCACUCCCACCACCAUCUCACUCCCGCCCCACCAUCUCUGCCAGGAAAUGAAGCCUGUUCUCGACUCGUCCCUGUGCUUCACCCGCCGCCGCCUCCUCGCAUCUGCCCCACCUGCUGCAGCACGUAG